AGUCCAUAACCGGGUAAUGGGGCCGCCUUUGUCCACUAUGCAGCCUAUUCAAUUGCCAUAAUUAAAAGUUAAGCAGCUUGGAUCUUGCAUCAAAUGGUUCGUGUGCUUCAGGAUGGCCGGUUUGUAGAAGCAAUCUUUAAAAGUGGUAUCUUUCUGUAGCUUACAUGUAAGACACAAGACUCGUGAUUAAAUAUUUAAUUGGGGCGAUGGGUUCUUCGGCGAUAUUCAUCAGUUUGACCCUGCUUACGUGCAUGGUUCAUGGUCAGUUCUUCAGCAAAUCUCAGGCGAAUUCUAUUCCUCGUAUGGGCAGAAGAUCGGCUCUCUAUGAAAUUUGGAGAUCAAAGGAACGACAAAUUCUUACAAACUUAGUGACUUUCUUGGAAGAAAACGAUGUCAAUCACGACGGAGCUCUGUCAUUGGUGGAAUUACUGAACAGCCCCCUGAGGAAUUUCAUUACACUAGAAAACAUUAAUUAUCUCAUUGGCAAUUCAGAGACGUUAUCCAAAGGAGGUGAAGACAACCAGAUGUCUAACGAUGACUGACACUAUCAUUUUCUCACGGAAAUAAAUGCAGAUCAGUGGAUCUGUCUUCAUGGAGGUCUUAUUUGUACACUAUAAAGAGUUGUGUUUAUAUUCAUCCCACGUUCCCUAUUUAUGAACUUUUGUUUCUUUACUACUUUUAUCCAAAAAUAAGUUUGCUCUUUAAGUAAACGUAUUUAUAUACAUUAUUGUGACGAAUGUAACUUCUUAAUGUGGUUUUAUUCUUGUUCUGUGAUUGCACUACACUUAACUUGUAUUAUAUAAUUAAUGAGACACAAUAUUAUAAAAGUUUGUAUAUUUUGAGUUGAUGUAUCGCUAAGAA